UUAUAGCGGCACAAAUACCCUCGCUAGCAGUGUAGGCAACACUUCACUUUCGGUUAACACUCAAGUAACAGUAAGGUAGUUCAACCGUACACGGCUUGUUGAUGGCCCCAACUGGCACACUGGCAACCAACGUAUUCCAUCUGCCGGCACGCGAGAAAAACAGACUUCUGAAUUUUGGAACGCAGUCUCGUGAUGGGACCAGCUUCGAAACCAGCAACAGCGUUUGCUGGAUCAAUCGACCAGAGUCCCUGGGCAACUGUGGGACCCCGUCGCGAAGACUCCCUGCAUAACGAUCAUCACAUGAAUAACAUCAAUCCUGCCAGUGAUCCAACGACACCGGCGCGGAAUCAAACACGAUACCAUCCACAGCGAGAGACUUCCUGUGGAGCGAGAGUCCUGCGAGGGAUCAUUCAAGCAUGGCUAGUCGUGGACUUCUUGGUGGGUUUAAUGCUGGUUGUGUAUUCUGCGUGGUUGCAAGAGGAACGUAGCGUUGCCGGUAAAGGGGCUGAUCCGGAACCGAGCGAUGAUUCUUCUCCGCCGCACACACUACCGCCGCGGUUGCUCAUCACCGUGACGUUGGUAACGGGUAGUCUUUUGCUGAUUCGAAGUGGGACCGGAUGGAUGGGGCUGCUCCUCGUUGAUCACCCUUGUCGACAAUUCUUGUUUGGAACUUCAACGGUCUUAUCUUUGGUGGUCUCUUUCUUGGACUUUGGACUGAGUUCCGUAUCGUGGAUGAAACGACGAACGAUUCGGAAUCUCUUAGAACAGAGCUGGGCGUUUCCGUCUUUUUUAAAAGUCGUCCACGACGCGAUUGCUUUCCACUAUCAUUACGUAUGGAUGAUACUUUUGGGUCUGGCGUUUGGGGAAUGUCUGCGAUAUCUCGUUUUUGAACAAUACUUCUCGGUUGCCGUCCGAUACGAAGAUUGGGAGGAGGAUGCUCCCAGCGCUACCGAUACCGUGCCGCACACGCCACGGAGUCUGCGCCGACUACGUCGGCCAUGGUGGUGGUCCAGUACUUCGCAGCUGGAGGAUGACAGUGACGGUUUGCGCCAAUCACUAUUAUCACCAGGCGUUCCUCGUUGGGUUUCCAAUCGACAAGAUGGCGAGUACGACGAAACCACCGGUGUGACACCACCCCGCCGCCGUGCAAAGCGAUCAUGGUUGGCCUUUUGGAAAUCGUCGUCGCGAGAAAACCUAAGGGACGAUGGGUCGGUAGAUUUUGCCUCGGUGCAGGAGGAAUGGGCGAGUCGGGCGGAAGAAGAUCCGUUUUGGUGGUCACGGGACGACACCGAAACGGCGUUGCAUUCGGUGGAUCGUCCCCGUCGGGAUCUCGAUACAUCCUGGAUCCACGAAGAAGAAAAGUAGUAAUGAAAACGUGGUACUG